CGGCGACUGCACGAGCUGCAGCAUUAAAAUCGAAACCAUCACUGCAAAACAGACGCAAUUAAGCAACGCAUGCUCCAGGAUAAUCCGGAAUGUCCGGUUCUGCUCUUAGUCGACGGCUGGUUGCAUGUCUCCUGAACAUCUCAGAAGCUCGGAGAAGAGACCUGGUGGAGACAGUGGCAAAAGCAGCCAUCACUGACGCACAUGGAAAAAAACGUGAAGGCAUCACAGUGCUGAACAUCUUCAAUGAUGUUGACUACAAUCGCUCUGUCAUCACUAUUGUUGCAAGCAUUGACCUACUAAGGGAGGCUGUAUUGUCGGCUUGUGAGCGUGCUUUCUCUCUGAUUGACAUGAAUGUCCAUGAGGGCACCCACCCAUGCAUGGGUGCAGUGGAUCUGGUGCCUCUCUAUCCACUAGGGGAGGAGGUGGGCCUUGAGGAUUGUGGAAAAGAGGCCCAGGCAUUAGCAACAGCUCUGACAGAAAGAGUGGCAGGUACCAGUGCUUUUCUGUUCGGAUGGGCUGAUUCUCCUCGGCGUCGAGGUCUGGCUCAAAGGAGGAAAGAGAUUGGCUGGUUCAAAAAGGUCAAAGAUAUGUCAAGCAUCCACCCAGAUGUAGGUCCACAGGCCACAAGAAGAUAUGGCAUUACAGCAUACUCACACUUCAUGCAAGAUAAUGGUCCCCUUCAAACCAGCACGCAUGAGUAUGUUCAUGAACAACAGCUAUAG